CUCAGAAAUACCGUACAUCAGUACCUAUUGACUGCAUGCCACACAAGCCUGUCUUCUCUGUCCAUGUCGAUGAUGACGUUAACAGCCAUCCACCUGCGACUCCUCAGCAUGUGUUACAGUUUGACAAGGUCUUGAGCUCACGCAAACCAGAUAGACCUUCUGUCAUGGAUACACUCAGGAAUAAGCCAGAAAAUGCUGAAGGCCAAAAGUCAAAGGUAAUGUACUGCAAGGAAAAAAUUUAUGCUGGGACUCAGGAGUUUUCUUUUGAAGAGCUUCGUGCAGCAAGGAUAUUGGCCAGGAUAAGAGAGGGAACCUACAGAGCACCAGUUAUUGAGAGACCUCGCACAGAUGUCCGAUACAUGUAUCCAAAAAAGGAGGUUUAUGACUUAAUCCGUGGCGAGUUCCAGUAUGAGGAAAUUCUCGCCAGAAGACAUUUUGCUCGUCAAGAGAACAGGGAGGCUGCAAGAAACUUGCAAAAGAGAAGCUCUACAGUACAGUGUAAAAGUGUGCCAGCCAAUGGCAAACAGCCUGGAAGUGACAUCAAAUUGAGUUGCAACAAGGAAUUGUGUGCCAUGGAGAUUGGCAGCUGUCAGAGGAAUGUCAUGACAACUGUUCCUGAGCAAACCACUUCAACUGAAGUUUCAAAAAUGACAGUUCAUAACAGUGUGGCUGCUGAACCUGUAGCGCGACGAGGUCUUGCCUUUGCAGAUCAUUCUAGUGCUCCUCUUCCUUCUGUGCAAAAGAGAUCUGAUGGCAAAGAAGACAUGGCAGACGCUGAUCCCAUGGUGUAUCGAGGUCUUGCUUUUGCGUAUCAGUCAAGUGCUUCUCUUCCUUCCGUGCAGAAUUCAACCAACAAUGAGCAUACCUCUUCAAAGCCUCCCCACUCCACCCUGGCGAGUGAUUCACAGUCUAAGUUCCAAAAGUCAGCUUUCCACCCAGUCACUCCGGAUGUAAACGGGUCCAUUAGCUUCAACAGUUCCAGUCUGGCCGGCCCUUCGCCGACAGUAUUCACUAAACAAGCGUUGAUGGUUGUGGGAGAUAUGUUUUGUGGCCCGCUUGAUUCGGAACGUGACUUAACCUUGGGGCCGCGCCAGGAGAUGGAUAAAACAGAAAAAGAGUUUGAAGCAGCAUUUACUGGUGAUGAUACCACUACCACUGUGGCAUUUUCAAAAGGUCUUGGGGGAAUGGGUGGAUUCACAGGUGCUUCUGGUUUCGUAAUUUACGAUGAGACUGUGGCUGAUAAAAGAAAUGGAGACACAGAAGACACAGAAAAGGAAUCAGAAGACAAAGAGAACAUGCCACCAAGAGGCACCCAGCAAGAAGCAUGUCGUCGACCCUUGGCUGGUUUUCUUCAGCCAUCCCUGGGUAUUCCAAUCUGCUCAGAAGAGGACGACGAAGAAGAAGCUGAAAUGAAUGACAAAUUUGAGAAUGCAAACUUCAAGAAGUACCAACCUUUGCAACAACUGGAUAAAACUAGCGAGGUUUUCUCAGCCGAUUUCACACAAGACCAGACCCUUUCAUCUACGAGCUUUGCUGCUGCGGCACACAUGGCCUCGACUCCAUUCUGUUACGCAAAUGGCCCCUUGUCACUUCCCAGCAUUCCUUGGAGCACUAUUCGCCCAGCCAAUGAAAAUCCAGAGUUGAAUGACAUGGACUCUUACGGAAACCAAUACCCAUCCACACAUCCAAACACUGUCCAAGCAGGUAACAGCUUUAUGUCCACACCCAGCAAAGUUUUGAGCCCAAUCUUUGAAGCUAGCCAGGAGGAUGCCAAAUCGACAAAUUCAAGUCAUUCGUCUAAUGGUUCAUCCAGGCGAUUCUCGUGUUCAGCGGGAGCAUCGCAGCACAAUGGGUUAGAUCUGAGCAAGAUACAAGAGGAAGCAAGUCUCUGUCAGGCUGAUGGUGAGCCACAGGCCGCCGUCAAUGUUGGUAAUGCUGCAAUCAAUCCUUUCGCUGGUGCUGUUGUUGACAAUUUACUCCGCCAAAUUAAUCCUCCGUUAUCGAGUUAUGAAGGAUUUACGGUGUCAAGCAAAGAGGUGCCAAGAAUUGUAUCAAAUGCAUCGAUGUGCCUAGGUGACAAUGAAAUAUUCAAAGUUGAAAAGUUGAUAGGUUCUGGAGCUUUUGCCAAAGUUUUCUUAGCGAAAAAAUGCGGUGACACUGAUGAUGACGACUUUGAAACUGACGACGAAAGUGCCGUGGUGUUGAAGGUACAGGAAAUAUCGAUUGAAUGGGAAUUUUACGUAAGCAAACAGCUUCAAAAGAGAAUGAGGCAGCAUGGAUGCUCUAGAGAGCUGCAGGCGAUGUUUAUGGACCCAGUGGCGGCAUUUGUGUAUUCUAAUUCAUCAGUGUUGGUAGAUAAAUACAACCCGCUUGGUACCAUUCUGGAUAUGGUAAACAAAUACAAGAUGAAGAAGAAGACUUUGGAGGAAGGCGUACUGUUCUAUUACACCAUUGCUCUUUUGCGAAUUUUAGAGACCUUGCACGCUUGUUGCAUCAUUCACGGAGACGUAAAGCCAGACAAUUUCCUUGUCUUGGAUAGUGAAGACACACUGGACUGCGCAUGUCUGAAACUGAUCGACUUCGGACGUAGUGUGGAUAUGAAUCAUUUUCCAGCUGGAACCACUUUUACUGCCAACUGUUACACAGAAGAUUUCCAGUGCAUAGAAAUGAAAGAGGGUAGACCUUGGACUACUCAGGUUGAUAUGUAUGGGCUUUUGGGCACAAUACACUGUCUCUUAUUUCUUGAUUACAUGAAAGUAAGCCAAGACAAAAUAGGAAGGUGGAAGACCUCAAAACCAUUCAAAAGAUAUUGGAAUCCAAUUUGGGGAAGGCUCUUCGACUCACUGUUAAACAUACCAAGCUGCGAGGAGCAACCUUCUCUGAAAGAUUUUCGUGAAGAAUUUGAACAGUUGUACCUUGGGGACGAAGAAAAUUACUCCCGACAGAGACGAAGCCACGAGGUGUUCAUGUUUUAGGCGCACCUUUGCUCGAUACCCUACUGGCUUCUGAAUGGGAGGAAGAACUUUAUCAUACAGCUCCUGAUUAAAGAGACACUUUUAUAUAUUCUGGUCGGAAAUACGACGAAAUAUCAAAACCUUUCCUUGAUUUGGCAUAAAUUUUAUGCACGUGUUCGAACGUUUGUUGUUUUCGUUAGCUCUCUUGUUGAAGAAGGGCGUCACGUAACUUACGAUGAUUCCACUAAGGUACGCCAAGGCUAAAUCGCGCUGGCUUCCUAACUGACAGGCCCCAACGUAUUCUUUUUUCGACAUUGCUGAAAUGAAAACGCGUUUGAAAGUAUUUGGAACCCAUUUCGAGAGAGAGGGUUUUUUUGUCACUUUCGGGCGAUAUAAUACCAGUUUUUUUUUUUUUUUAAAUCAAAAAAACACACUCACACAAACAAACAAUUAAAAACUGUUGUGUUUUAUUUAACAAAUCGCAACCACUCACGUUGGUGCCAACGCUUUUGUUAUUUCUUCCCUUUUACUCAAAAAGUGUUUGUGUGUGUAGGGUGGGGGGAGCACGAGUUCCCCCUGCCCCCCCCCCCCAAUUCUUACAAGCAUGAUUCACGUUCAAGAAAGGAAGAGAAAGACGAAGAAGCUGGGCCACCUGUGGUUUCCAGCUCUGUAGGAGAUCGAUCACGUAAGUGGUAAUAAUUUUAGCGAAGAGUGAAUACCAGUUGAAAAUCACUUUUCGAGAUCCUAGAACAGGUGGCGAGCCACCCGCUCGUGUUCACAAAAACCACACAGGUCAAGGAGCCGGGCGCAGUUUUAGUAAUGUUAGCAAUUGCAGGGAAAUCAUUCAAUUGAAACGGGUCGCUCCCCACGAAUUAAGCUACGUUACCGUUGCCAAGGAAGCUCGUGAAAACUGUAAGUAGCCUGGAAAUCAUUUAUUGAGCAAAAAUCUAAGUUAUCGCCUUUACAGUGUCUCAUUUCCUCUUCAAAAUAUUUUAGCAUUUGUAUUCACCGAGUAAACUAUUAGAGUAAAUAAAUUUAAAAGGUACCUUAAAUAGCUUGGAAGAUAUUGUCAAAUGCAUUGCAGCUCGCUAAGCUCAGCACAUAGCCUGCAGAGCUUGAAAUUAAAGUUGUCGUUUGCCAUAUUUGAAAGAGGGAGGGAAUGGAAGAGGAUGUCAGAAACAAAAACAUUGAUGUAGUCAACGCCAAUUUGUCUCAUCCUCUAAGAAUCUGAAACAUUUACAUAAAGGCUUAUUUGCUGAGAUUCAAGCAGAAGAUAUUUCUCAGUCUCCUGGUCCCAGGAGUCGGUCCAAGUAAGCUAGGUUACCGUCAGGAUUCAGCUUGGAGACGUAUGUUUCUUUGAAGUAUUGCACUGCUUCUAUAACAGAUGUUUUUUUCUAGGGCAGGUGGUUUAG